AUGUCGCUGCUCGCCGUUUCCACCACUCUAAUCGGUGGGUUGAAAUGGUUGCUUGUGGUGUUAUUUUGCAUGGUGUGGUUUGAGGUUGAGUAUGGUGCAUGUGGUAGAACACUGCCACAUGAAGCACCGUCUUUAUCUUCAUCUGCUGCACCACCUGUUGUUGAUGGUGAUCUGCCACUGCUGGCAAAUGCUCUUGGGUUGAAGCAUUUGCCUGCACCAAUUCCAUCAAGUGUCAAUUUCACCAAAGGAAGAGCACAGUUAGAACCUCCGGGUUCUGGGUUUAAGAGUAUUGCCCCUGUGCAUCCCAUUGCUGAUGCAAUUCCUUCUGCUCUCGCUCAACCACCAUUGUCCCCUUAUGUUUCCGAUUGUUGCAAACAAGACAUGGUGUGGAAACGAGGCAGUGAGGUUUGCCACUGUGCUUAUCCCAUAAAGCUUGACUUGCUUCUUUUGAAUGUCUCUCUAAACCCCGACUGGAAUGUUUUCCUCAAUGAUUUGGCCACCCAACUUGGGCUGCAGACUACCCAAAUUGAAAUUAUUAAAUUUUACCUACUGAGCUUAUCGACCUUGAAUAUAUCGAUGGAUAUCACUCCAAAUAAAGGGAUCAGUUUCUCGGCCAAUGAAGCCGCUAAAAUAAACUCGUCGCUUUCAUUGCAUAAGGUCCAACUAGACCGCAGAUUUGUGGGCAACUACAGUGUCCUAAAUAUAACCUGGUUUAAAGCUCCGCCUCCUUCUCAAGCUCCUACAAUUGCUACAUCACCUAGGAAAGCUCCACAUAGACGUGCACCUCCAACUAAAUUAUUGAGUACUUCAGACAGGGGAAGGCAUUCAAAUUUGGUUCUUAUUCUCGGAAUAGUGACUGGCAUUCUCUUCUUUUCCAUUGUAUGUGUACUUAUACUUUGCUUAUGCACAAUGCGGCCAAAAACAAAAACACCUCCCACAGAAACUGAAAAGCCAAGGACAGAAAGUACAGUUCCAGCCAUUGGGUCUCUUCCACAUCCAACCAGUACACGCUUUAUUGCUUAUGAAGAACUUAAAGAAGCUACAAAUAAUUUUGAACUAGCAAGCGUACUUGGAGAAGGAGGUUUUGGUAGAGUUUUUAAAGGUGUCUUGAAUGAUGGAACUGCUGUUGCAAUUAAGAGACUUACUAGUGGAGGGCAACAGGGUGACAAAGAAUUUUUGGUUGAGGUUGAGAUGCUUAGUCGGUUGCAUCAUCGUAACCUUGUAAAACUAGUGGGAUACUAUAGUAAUCGUGACGCAUCACAAAAUCUACUUUGCUAUGAGCUUGUCCCGAAUGGAAGUUUGGAGGCAUGGCUUCAUGGUCCCCUGGGAAUAAAUUGCCCUUUGGAUUGGGACACUAGAAUGAAGAUUGCCCUUGAUGCUGCAAGAGGACUUGCAUACCUGCACGAAGAUUCACAGCCUUGUGUUAUACACAGAGAUUUCAAGGCAUCCAACAUAUUGCUUGAGAACAACUUUCAUGCUAAAGUUGCAGAUUUUGGUCUAGCUAAACAGGCACCUGAAGGCAGAGCUAAUUAUCUAUCUACUCGAGUCAUGGGCACAUUUGGGUAUGUAGCUCCUGAGUAUGCUAUGACUGGACAUCUACUUGUUAAAAGUGACGUUUAUAGUUAUGGGGUUGUCUUGCUGGAACUAUUGACCGGAAGGAAACCAGUGGAUAUGUCACAGCCAACUGGACAAGAGAACCUUGUUACUUGGGCAAGGCCCAUUCUAAGAGAAAAGGACCGGUUGGAAGAACUUGCGGAUCCAAGGCUUGGGGGAAGGUACCCAAAAGAAGAUUUUGUACGUGUUUGCACUAUUGCUGCAGCCUGUGUUGCUCCUGAAGCAAGCCAGCGGCCUACAAUGGGUGAGGUGGUACAGUCACUUAAAAUGGUGCAGCGGAUCACAGAAAGUCAUGAUCCCGUGUUAGCCUCAUCCAAUACACGGCCCAACAUGAGACAGUCCUCUACCACAUAUGAGUCUGAUGGGACUUCUUCAAUGUUUUCUUCGGGUCCUUACUCUGGUCUAAGUGCCUUUGACUAUGACAACAUUUCGAGGACAGCUGUUUUCUCUGAAGAUCUUCAUGAAGGGCGAUGA